AUGGUGUGCAUUGCGCAGUGCAUGUUGUUCUUUGCCAUGACCACGUACCUACUGAAGCGGCACUUUACGUAUGUGCGACACAACAUUACCACCAUUGACAUGGUGAUCUACGAGAAUGAGCGACGUCUCUUCUCUCACGGAGCAUCAGGGGACUCUGACGCCGAAGCAAACGCGACGAUGUCGAGAAGCGAUGUAAACCCAGCCGCCUACGGUGCGCGAACAUUCCAGUCGUACAUACGUCGGAACAUUUAUGAUCUCGGCAUACAGCGCAAUCUCCUGCAGGUCUUCGGUGAUGCUCAGCUGAGCAACCCUGGCGAGGACAUCAAUGGUAACCCGCUGCCACGCCGGUGCUACACGGACUGGAUGGAGAGCGACAUUCCACGGCACCAGCACUUUGUGGUGCGCUGGUUCUUCCGUUUUUUACCGACGGCUGCGUACCCGCCGCAGCGCACGUGGGCGCCGAUUGACAUGUCCACUCACUCAGCUAGCAGCUCCAUCCACAUAGCAGCGCGAAGUCACGCCCGCUACGGCACAGUACCGGGACAGGCGGAAGGCGCUGACGCAGCCACGCCCGGCAGAGAGAAAGGAGGCUCGUUACUCACUGAACUGGGGGUAGAGGAGGAGCAACUGCUCGGGCUUCGUUUCCCCACACGAUCAUCCAUGGGCUUACGCUUUGAUGAAGAGCUGUGA